AUGCAAGAACCAAUCUUCACGCCUCAACGCGCUGCCGUUUUCAUUGGAGUUCACCACUUUUGCGACACGGUUUCGGCACUAGCCAACCUUUUAUUGUUCUUUCUGAUUAUAUUCCGCACCUCGAGGGGCUUUAGGUCCUACUCAAUCAUUUUGGCUUGUACAACCUGUUCCGAGCUGGUGCUCGGCGCCUCAUCAAUGUUUGCAAUGCCCAGAUUAGUGCCUAUCGACUUAAGUCUGGCCUACCAAUUUCAUGGACUUUGCCGAUAUUUUCAUCCGCUCAGUUGUGGAAUUGCUCAAUCCGUCACUUCGCACUGCAUUUCCUAUUCCUAUACGUUGAUGCCGCUGUCUUUUUGGUAUCGACACCACGUUAUCAAGCAUAAGGCACCACCGACGGCAAGAAUUGCUUUUUAUUGUUUCCUCGUCUACGUGCCGGCUUUUAUCACGAUGAUUUUGCACAUUGUUGCGUUUGUCGAGGCAGAUUCGGCUUAUAUUUACAAGAUACUCGCCGAAAAGCGGCCCGAAUCGCUAUGGCCCAAUAAUCCAAGGAUAGCGGUGGUGACCGGGUUUCGCUCUAUGCUUGAUAUCGAAACCUUUCUCCUCAUCGUUUGGGUAUGCAUGCCGGUCUUUCCUGGCUACGCUAUAUCGAUCUACUAUCGCCAGAAGAUUUUGAGGAAGUUGAACUCUGAUAUUGCAAUGAGCAAGAAGACGAGAGCCGCUCAGAAAAGUCUGGUCACGGCACUUGGUCUUCAAGCUUUGCUCCCAUUCUUCUGCAUGUCCCAAUCGGCUUUUUACAUUUGGAAACAGUUCGAAUUUCCAGGGGUAGCGUAUCUUCCCUACUAUGAGGAAUGGGUCUUCUUGUCCUUGGCUGUGGCCAGCUCAAUUAGCCCGUUCAUCACGAUUUGGUUUGUGAAGCCGUAUCGUGAAUGUUGCCUGAAGCCGAUUUUCCGAAUACUUGUAUGCCUGAAAGUGCCGAUGAGAACGAGGAGCGCCAAAGUUCGAUAUUUCACAAGGACGUCCGAGACUGCCGAAAGCCAAAAGGGACAAACCGAAACAAAUGAUAUUUGC